CCCUUGAUGACAUGUAAUGUUAAAAAAUGAAACCUUGAUAGUUUAUGAAUGUAAUUGAAUAAGUGUGAAAAUUAUGUCUUGUUAUUAUGAAGAUAAAUUUACUUUUUGUUAAAUGGCAUACAGGUUUGAUAUGGGUUUCAACAUGGUUGAUGGUGUUGGUGUGGAAAAAUGUGAAUGGUCACAAAAUUCUAUCAGAAAUAGACCCAUUAUCUAUCAAAAGGACACCCAAUCUUUCAGUUGGCUUGACAGAUAACACUUUACAGCUCACCAAUAGCAGAAAUCCAACAGCUAAUUACAAAAGCUUGAAGUAUGAUUCAAUUGUGGCCAAAAAUACAUCAGAGAAAAGUUUGAAUAUGGUUGUGAGCAGUAGACAUAUUAACAAAAACAAAAAUUACCAGAAUAAAAAUAAAUUUAAUUUUAUACGGAAACAUACUCGCUUAAAGAAGAGUGUUACAGAGAAUGUCAGCAAAGACAAUGACGUGAAACCAAAGAUCUCAACUCUAAACCUUACAACAAAUUUAACAGAUGUACAAUUGGCUCAUUAUAGAGAACUGUAUUUUAAAUUAAGUAUGAAAAAACAAAUGGAGUUUGACGCUCAGAUAGCCUAUUUCUGUAUGUUUUUUAUAAUAAUAGUCAUAUGUUUUGCCUCAUGGUUUGCUGGUAUAUGUAGAAUAAGAAAACAUUCAGUCAUGGAAGUUUUAGAUUUUGAGAAUAGUCAACCUUUAACAACAGUCAAAGAUGUGAUGUUGAGAAAGUCUAGAUAUUUACCAAUGUUUGAAAAUUUUUAUAAUAAAAAAAAGAUGAAAGUCAGCAGAGGAACAAAUCCAUGA